ACACUCCUUAGCUCUCUUGCCUGAAACUUAAACUUCUAUGUCGACAUCCCAAUCUGAUUUCAAAAACAAAGUACUCUCUCAGUUCCGCGAAGAGCUGUUCUCAGAAGGCAUACUACAUGAAGGCGAUACAAUAGGCACUGACGAUGGAACUUUGAAACGAUUUCUUCGAGCCAGGAAGUACAACCUCAAGGACGCGAAGAAAAUGUUUAUCGAUGCUCAGAAUUGGCGGCAGACCGUUAAACUAGAUGAACUCUAUGAAAAGAUAGAUCCAUUUGAUUAUCCUGAGCGUGAAGCUGUUUUUGACUGCUGGCCAAUGUGGUUCCACAAGCUUGGUCGUCCUCUCAACCUUCAAUUCUUAGGUGGUCUUGAUUUACAACGGUUAUCCAAGGAAGGUGUCACACCUGAACGUCAUUGGGAAACGAUCAUUGUCAACGCGGAAUGUUUGACACGGGAAAUACUCCCUGCCGCAGCCAAGAAAUACGGCAAAGAGAUAGAUUCAGUGUUGGUUAUCAUUGAUCUCAAGGGUUUUGGGCUCAGCAAAUUCUGGCAAAUGAAACAUCUUGCACAAAAAUCGUUCCAAAUAUCGCAAGAUUACUACCCAGAAACCAUGGGUCGUCUGGUCAUCCUUAAUGCUCCGUCGACAUUCACCAUUAUCUGGAAUGCCAUCCGACCUUGGAUAGCGAAAGAAACUGCAAAUAAAGUUGAUAUUUUAGGUGCUGAUUAUCGAGAGCAACUUCUAGAGCUUGUUGAUGAAGAAAAUCUUCCGUGGGCUGUCGGAGGGAAGUGUCGUUGCGAGAGCGAAGGUCAGGAAUCGGAGGGUCCUCGAUGUCACACCAGUGCGACUGGGCCGUGGUUGGAAGGCAGA